UCGUCGAAGGUCUCGGCUCUGGUGACGGGGGAAUUCUAUACAAAGAAAGAUCAUUUUCCAGGAUUUGCACGGCCUUUUGUUUUCAAUGCACAGGUUUUGUUAAAGGUUGGACGUAAUCUAGAAGCUAAAGAUGCCGCCAGGGGGGCUUUAAAAUUACCAUGGUGGACUCUGGGUUGCAAGUACCAAGAAGUUGCUCAAAUAGCACAAUGGGAGGAUGAGCAAAUUGAGUAUAUCAAAGAAAAAGUAACAGAAGAGGGAAAACAGGAAGAUUUAAACAAGGGGAAGCCAGCUGCUCAGAUUGCUUUGGAUGAAGCUGCAUUUCUAUUGGAUUUAGCUUCCGUAGAUGGCAAUUGGGAUGCCUUUGUGGAACGCAUUGCCGAGUGCUACAGGGAGGCCGGACUCUUUUAUAUUUCAACAUUUGUGUCUUACAGAGAUUGAGUAUUGUGAACUUGUACGAGAUUGAUAGCAAUCUAGAUUUCAUAUGUACCAUUGAAAUUUUAGAAAUUCAAAUUUUAUUUGUAACUUUUGGGUUCUGUUUAUUUGCUCUGACCUUUAACUUGUAUCAGUAGUUGAUCCUUGAGAGAAAACUUGUAGUUCUUCAGAUAAGCUUAGAAUUUAAAAUUCUCUCUACUUCAGAUUCAUUGCUCU